ACUGUCGUGUUGAUGAAUCUCUUGAACAAUUUUCAUCAAAUAACGCUAAUAAGAAUAUUUAUUGUUUGUUAUAAGUGACAGUGUAUUGUCUAAAAUGGGAUGUCAGGCGUGCCUGACCCGGGUGCCCUAUGCAACCCUUAUAGCAACCAUUAUGUGCUGCAUGGGCGUGGGAGUGUUUUGUGGCACUAUGUACAAAGGAUCGCAGUUAUCAAUACAGAUGUUUGAUCAAGUAUUUCACUUUCGACUGAUAUGGAUGGAAGCAUUGAAGAUGAUAUUCGUCGUGGGUAGCGCAUGCAUGGCAGCUCUCGGGCUAAUGCUAUUGUGCCUUGGCUGCUUGACAACGGGCGCGACGCGGCAGAAGGUGUACCGGGCGUGGCGCGCGCGUGUCAGCGGCCGCGUCUCCUGCGCGGUGUUCAUGGUGAUCACCUACAUACUCACCUUCACCUGGAUCGUUCUCUUGGGAUUCCUGGUCAUAACAACAUUCUUAUUCACCAUCUUCUGGAAGCUCUGUUCCAAACCUGAGAAUGUCAAGCUGGCUACAUGUAUCGACUUCACGCAAUUUGAUUUUAUGUUUCCGUCCAAUGUGAAACAAGAAGAUAUGAAAAUCUGCGAUUCACAAAUGAUGAAAUUUUUUUGUAAAGAUUAUGUAGAAAAGGCAGAGUUUAUGUUUAUUCUGGCGAUGGUGUCCUGUGUACUUGUAAUAUUAAGUUUAGUGCACUACCUUAUGUGCCUGUCUGCUAAUUAUGCCCACAUUAGAGAUCAUGAAAAGUUCCAAGAACUACAAGAGCUGCAGUACUUGACCAACCCUGACCUGCACGCGUCUAAAGAUCGUUUCUAGUACACAGCCCGCGCACCCCUUCUGCGCUCUCUGGAGGCCACUACUAAGAUGUGACAUUAAUAGAAUGUAAAAUUGAAUUUCCACAGUUUUGUGUUCACCUAUACAUUUAUAUUGAUAAAGACUGACCUGCAGUGAAUUAGCCCUAAAUCAUUUUAUAAUCUUACAUCACGAAUGAUAAUAUUCAUUCAAACCUUUACAUAUCUUGAAUAGCUUUGUGUUACUGUUGUGCACUUCUAAUACUUAAAUCUUAUUUUGUGUAAUUAAGUUUGACCUUAAUGUUCUGAAUUUUUAGUGCUCAAGCUUGGUUUCAAACGAAUGAAAGUUCUCUUGAUAUAAUAUUGUUGAUUGUGUUGCAACUUACCUUCUGCUAGAGCGACUAUUGUUUGGCAAUCAACUUCCUAUGGUACUAGUUGCAAAUAAAACAUUUCCUCUUGCUGUUUGCAAGUAAGGCAACCUUUUUUAUAUAUUCUAAGUAGACUGAUUACAAUUUCAGUUUGGUCCAUUUCCCUACAUUCCUCUAGUUUUAAGUCUUAGAUUGACAUAAGUGUAUUAGAUUGUAAGGAGUUUUUAAUGGAAACCUUUUUUUAUAUCUUUAGAAUUAUAUAUUUAAUUCAAAUAGGUGCUUUUACAAAAAUUUUUUGGCAUUUACAAUAUUUAUAUCCUAUUGACUAUAUGCACAUCUUGACUUUAGCAUUAUGCCUGAUAAGCAUGGGACACUUAAGAGUAGGCAGUGUACCUGCUAACAAAUUUACAUUAUAAGCCAACAUUGUUUUUCAUUGAUGUGGUAUUUUUAUACUCCAAAUAUUUGUAGCCUAUGGUUGACAAGUGUCAAUAGCAAAUAAUGUAAAAAUCACACUUAUGCGAAUAAAUGCACUGUUAUUUCUUUUAAUUCAACAUAUUUAUGCACUUUGCACAUAGCCUUGCUUAAGUAAAUAUAACAAAAUAGCAUCACAAUUAAAAAUAAGAUGUUAGAAUGUGCAUGUGUGUUGCACUAUAUAAACAAAGAGCGCUGAGCUAUUUGACAUGCCUUUAAUGUAUUUUAUAAUAAGGCUAAAAGCUCACUGUUUUUAACCCCUGAAUGGCCUGAAUAUUACAAAAUAAUGUUACUGUCGAAAUAGGUACAUAAUAAAGUAAUGAAUUAUUCCAGGUUCAGUACUACACAUAUUUGGUACCUACAUAAUGUUUCACCAUCGUAAUUUCACGGAAACACACAAUUUUAUUCUGUCUCAGUGCGAAAAGUACUGAGGUUAACUAAAGUAGCAUGACAAGUACAAAUGUUCUGUUUAGUUCUGUUCAAUGAUAUCAAAUGAUAAUAACAUUUGUAGAGGUGACAAUCUGGUGGUAACAGUUUAAACUGGAAUGUCACAAACACAAAGUUUGGAAAUUCAUUUAUUCAAAAGUAAGAAAGUGUGUAGUAAGUGUAUAUUAAAUUGAUUUAACGAAAAUGAAACUUGUAACAUUUGUACAAACUACAAGAUACUGAUGUAUUCACAAUGUAACAAGAGUGUCAUAGGCCUAACACCAUAAUUUAUUCUUUCUUUUCUUAUGCUGAACUAAAUACCAAGUUAUCUUAAUAUGUAAAUGUAAAAUUCGAUUCAGAAUAUUUUACAACUUCAAUAAAAUAUAUAACUAAAAAAGUAACAAAAAUUGAACUAUCCUGAUUACCAAAGAUUGGAACUGAAAAUACGUAUUAAGUCUUAAAUAAAACCCUUUCGGUAAUUUGGCCUGUUAUACUCUGUCAACCAAGUCUGUCAGUAAAUAAGAACUAAGAAAACUAUAGGUAACCUUUUCUCUAGCACCCUAAAGAAAAGGAUGCAUAUAGUUUUCUUUGUUCUUAUUUACUGACAAACUUGUUUGACAGAAUAUAGUUUUGUCUUAUGACAAGAAUUAUGAGUGUUUAUGGUGUUCCCACACUGGGCUGUUAUAAAUGUUAUAUAACAGCCAGUAUGGGAGCAACAUUAGUGGUACAAUAACUAAUUUUGACUGAUAAAACAUAAAACGAUAAGUUGUAGUUAAAUACUUAAUAAAAGUCAUGGAACAUGUCUACGCCCUUAAUAUCCACCUAAAAGAAGAGUCACCUUCUGAUUGUGAAAUUUGACAGUAUUUACUUAGGUUAAAGUAAAUUUUAAGUCUUUGUAUGCAUUUUGCUUAGACUUAUGUUGUUAGCAAUCGUAAUAAGUAGGUAAUUAAUAUAAUUUUUUAUAAUAAUAAAGGUUAUUUACAGUAAAAA